AUGCAGCGUCCGCUGCGGUCUGGGGGAUCCGGGGGGCUCCAGCUGCUUGUCUGGUUCCUGCUUCUGAACAGUCGCCCAGGGGGCUGCAGCGACAUUAGUCCCCACGAUGGUCAGGGCCAAGUGGGAGUGGGGCAGCUCUGGCCCCUCCAAGGAUUUACCACCUCGGUCUUCCAGCAUUUGGAAGUCGUGCUCCAGCAGAUUGUACCCCAAGGUCUGUUCUGGAAGGAUGACAUCACUCAGGAUGUGAGGACAACAAAAAUGGAGCACAUCAACCCCCAAGAUCCAUGUCUGAGGGAUGAGAAGGCAGUUUUUCCCACUAAAACCACUGGGGGGCAAGAAGAGGACAAACUCCGACUCCUGUUCCCCAAGGUGAGACUCCGCAGCCCAGUGGCCAAGGUGAGCAGGGAUCAGUGCUCUACCUCCAGAGUGGUUGCCAAGGCCCUGAAGCGAGAAGUGGGCAACACCGUCAAGGGCUUCUUUGGGCCAUUUCCCACUGUGGGCCGCAACCUUGUUGCUGAUUGA